AACAUGGCUGACCCAAUGAACAUGACUUCAUCCUCCAACCAGACCUGUGAUGUUGUCGACACAUCAGCCAACCCUUUCUUUAUGCUGGUCUACAGUCUGGUGUUUCUGGUAGGUUUAUCCCUCAAUGGCUUCGUCAUGAAGUUUUACUUCUGUGGAGCUCGGCAGCAGGCCUCAAACAGCUUGAUGGUCUACAUGAAGAACCUGACAGCUGCUGACUCCCUGCUCUGUCUCUGUCUGCCACUCCGAAUCACCCACUAUAUCAGCAGCUCUGUCAUCAUUCAGAGGCUCUACUGCAGCUUUGGAUCUUCUGUCUUCUUCCUCAACAUGUACACCAGCAUCAUCUUCAUGGGGUACAUCGCUGCCAACAGGUACCUGAAGAUCGUUCAUCCUUCAGGAACUCACAUCCUGCAGACAGUACGAGCUGCUCACAUCAUCUCCACGGUCACCUGGGUUUGUCUCCUAACUCCAUCAGUUAUUUACACCAUCUUGGUUUUCAUCUCUCGGAAACCUCUGACCUCUACCUCGAGACACUGUGAGCACUUUUUUAGUGCUUUAGUAAACCUUUUGUUCACAAUCAUCCACACCUUCUCUGCCAUCAUCUUCCUGUUGGUCCUCAUAUCCCUGUUCUUCUUCUACUACAGCACCUCCCGCAGGGUGUUCCUGGCACAGCAGAGGCAGCUGACCUCCUCUGGCUCUGAGAAGCUCGUGAAGUCUCGCAGGAACAUGUUGGUUCUUGUCUCCAUCUUCUGUGUUUGUUUUGUCCCCUAUCACCUGGUUCGGAUUCCCUUUAUCUUUCUGUGGAGCAGCUGCUCUGUGGGUCUGUUGUGGUACUACCUGAACGAGGUGGCCACCAUGGUGUCAGUCUUCAACGUCUGUCUGGACCCUCUUGUUUACUUUUUCCUCUGUAAGACUUUUCGGUCCCAGGUGAGAAUGGCCUCCAGGAGGACCAACAUCCAACAAGGUAACAUGGAGAGUGAGAGCAGCAAGGAGCAGCUGGACAUUGUUACAGCAGCAGGGAGUCAAACCAGUGAGCUUUAA